GAGAAGAUUCAUAAAGCAGCACAAAAGUAGAUAUUAAAAGAACACUUUAGGUAAGUGAGCAAAAAAAAAAAAGUUGUAGCCAUGGAGAAGUAUGAGAUGGUGAAGGAUUUGGGAUUUGGUAAUUUUGGAUUGGCUCGGCUUAUGCGUAAUAAGCAAACAAACGAGCUUGUGGCUGUCAAAUUCAUCGAUCGAGGCUACACGAUAGAUGAGAACGUUGCAAGAGAAAUUAUCAAUCAUAGAUCUCUUAAUCAUCCCAAUAUUGUUCGGUUCAAAGAGGUUGUUCUAACUCCUACACAUCUUGGAAUUGUAAUGGAGUAUGCAGCUGGAGGAGAACUGUUCGAUCGAAUAUCUAGUGCUGGUCGAUUUAGCGAAGCUGAGGCUAGAUAUUUUUUUCAGCAACUCAUUUGUGGAGUUCAUUACUUACAUACAAUGCAAAUAUGUCAUAGAGAUCUGAAAUUAGAGAACACAUUGCUUGAUGGAAGCCCUGCACCACGUUUGAAAAUUUGUGAUUUUGGCUACUCAAAGUCUUCUGUUCUGCAUUCCAACCCAAAAUCAACGGUGGGAACUCCGGCAUAUAUAGCACCGGAGGUUUUUUGUCGAUCAGAGUACGACGGAAAGUCAGUUGAUGUAUGGUCUUGUGGAGUGGCACUCUAUGUUAUGAUAGUAGGAGCUUACCCUUUCGAAGACCGCAAAGACCCUCGCAAUAUUCGUAAAACUGUUCAGAAAAUAAUGGCUGUAAAGUACAAGAUUCCUCAAUAUGUUCACAUAUCUGAAGACUGCAAAAACUUGUUAUCUCGUAUAUUUGUUGCCAACCCAUUACAUAGAUGUACGCUUAAAGAGAUCAAGAGUCAUGUAUGGUUCCUAAAGAAUCUGCCAAGAGAGCUUAAAGAGUCAGCUCAAGCAAUCUAUUACCAGAGGAAUGCUAAUCUUGUCAAAUUUUCUCCUCAAAGAGUAGAGGAGAUUAUGAAGAUUGUUAGUGAGGCAAGAACCAUCCCUAACCUUCCUCGCUCGGUUGUACCAAAUGGAAAAGAUGUUGAAGAAGAAGAGGAAGAAGAAGUAUACAUGGAUGCUAAUGAUGAAGAGUAUUAUGAUCAUGACUAUGCAAAGGCAAUAUAAGUAUGUUGUUGUUGUCAAAACUAUGAACUCUACUUUGUAAUGUUAUACUUAAGUAUCGUAUUUGUUUUUUGUGUUUGUUUCUCUUCUUUAUGGUUUAGGGUAACAUAGUAACUAGUAAGUGUGUGUGUGUGAGAAGAAAACUGAAGUGUAACCAUUAUAUGCUAAUUAAAUAUUAUAUAUAAAUAUUUUAUGCUA